CCCCGGCCCGGCGGGGUGGCCCCGCUCCGCAGCGCCCUCCGCUUUGCUCGGCUCGGUUCGCCCGAUUUCCAACAGCCCCGGCCCGGCUCAGCUCGGCCCGGUUCGGCCCCGACCCGGAGGGGGGGGGAGGCGCCCAGGAUGCCCGAGGAGCGCGGCCCGGUCCCACCAUGUCGGUCUCCAAGCUGCAGGAUGCAGAUGAGGUUUUCGAUUUUACCGCUGUGGUUCCAGAGACGCCGCGUUUGGACAGCAGUUUGCAGAAGGCUCGAGCCCGGCUGUUAGCCAAGAGCCGGAGGCACCGGCCCUCGCGCUCCCGCCUGCGAGACAGCGCCAGCUCCACCGAGGGCGAGGAGGGGCUGGAGGCGGCGGGAGCCGAGGGCAGCCCUGCAGCCCCCGGCCGUUCGCCCCCCGCCGCUCCGCUGCUCCUGGCCCCCUCGCCCUCCUCCCGCUCGGAGUUCUCCUUCGAGGCGGGGGCGGUGUGCAGGGUGUUGGGGGAUCCCCCCCCGGCCCCCUCGCCGCCCCUCGGCCGCUAUCGGCCCCUCACCAACGCCUCGUCCCAGGAGGGGCUGGCGGGGACACCUUCGCCCAAGUCCUGCCCCAGCUCCGACAGCUCGCCCGGCUUCGCCCGCCGCGAUGCGUGGCUCCAGCGGCACAGCGAAGAUGAUAGCAGGGACAUGAGCCCCCCCGAGCCGGCCAGCCCCACCGUGGGGCUGGAUAAGAAGACAAGGAGAAAGUUCCUGGAUUUGGGGGUCACCCUUCGCCGGGCAUCCUCCAGCAAGAGCCGCAAGGAGAAGGGCAGCAACCGCCUGUCCAUGGGCAGCAGGGAGGUGUCAGAAGGUCCCGGCCGCCCCUCGGGGUCACCCUUCCUGCCCUUCUCCUGGUUCUCAGAUGGUGCCCGGGGCUCAGCCUCACCUGGCUCUGCAUCACCCACCAGUUCCCCCCGGCACGAUGGGCUCAGCCCUGCCAAAUCUGCCUCCCAGGACUCAACGCUGAGUGAGGACUCCCCACCGCCCAGCUCCAGCCCUCGUCUGCCCGGCCCUGCUGCCACCAAGUGCUCCUACCCCUACCACACGCUGUCACAGUCCUCAGACGAGUUCCUGGAUGAGCCCCCCGGCGCGGCCAUGGGCUGGACGUGCCACCAGGUCGGGCAGUGGCUGGAGAGCCUCAGCCUGGAGCAGUACGUGGAGGAGUUCUCGGCUCAUGGCAUCGAUGGCCCCCGGCUCCUGCACCUCGAUGGGGCCAAGCUCAAGGCUCUGGGCGUGGGCAGCUCUCAGGAUCGCGCCGUGCUCAAGCGCAAGCUGAAGGAGCUGAGCCUGGCAGCGGAGAAGGAGCGCAAAGCCCAGGAGAAGGCGGAAAAGCAGCGGGAGAAGCAGAAGAAAAGGGACCAGGAGCAGCGGCGGAGCUAGGGGGGGGGGGGGGAGGGGGGGGCAGGAGAGAGCCCCCAGACCCCAUCCCUUGCCCACAGCCAUCACCCCAGGGGACAUCCGGUCCCGGCAUGGCGCACACCGUGGCCGAGGGACCGCGGUGCCAGGCUGAGAUGGGCACAGAGCGACACGGGUGUCCCCCCCCGCCUGCACCCCUGCACCCCACAGGCAC